AAAAAAAGCAUUUAAUAAUUAAAAAUAUAUAAAAACUAAAAUUUUAAAAAAAUAUAAUUAUAUAAAGAAAGCAUGAUAAAUAACACAACUAAUUAUUUAUAGCAGUAAUUAUAGCAAUAGCAAUACCAAAAUCAAGGAGAUAUUCAAAAAUAAACUGAAAGCCAUUAGCAAAAUUCAAUUUAAUUAAGUAAAUCAAAAUCAUCUAUUAACACGUCUGAGUUGAAAAUAACACAAAACUUGUCACCAAUGAAUUAAUCUCAGAAUUUAAGACAGAAUUUAAACUUGCAAUAAUUUUAAAGCUAGUAAUAGUAAUAUGGGUAGUCAUCGGAAAUCUUCUCAAGUUCAUAGAGUGAUGCUAACUCUACUAGCUCCAAAUUUACUAAAAUGAGACCUCAAAUAGAUUUAGAUAACUUGAUUUUGAUCUGCACCAAAAAACUAUAAAUGGUACCCAAUCACAAAAAAGCGCUGUAUAUUAGAAGUAGUGCGUUUAUCAAACAAUAAAAAUUCAAAGAAGCAAUUAGAGACUGUGACUUGCUUCUCUAAAUUGAAUGUGAAAAUGUAGGAGCAUACUAUCUCAGAGGAUGUGCAUAUGAAAAAUAAAAAUUAAUAGACCAAGCUAUUAGUGAUUUUACAUAGGUUUUAGAACUAGAUCCAAACCAUGUCAAUGCAGCUUAUGCUAAAGCAGCUUGCUUAAAUCUUAAGGGAGACUUUCACACAGCAAUUGAGACUUAUAAGUAAGCUCUAGAAAUAGAUUAGAAAAGAAGUUUGAAUCAGUCUAAUUUAGGCAUUAAAAGAUCUCUUCAAUCUUAUUUAAACAGACAGGAAUCUGAAAGUUUAUCAACUUCUCAGAUUUCAUAGUUGAACCAAGCUAUAGAUGUAUCUCAUUAGUUCAGCAAUAUUCAGCUAAACAGCCCACCAAAUAGCUCUAAAAAUGGUUUUAAUUCAAAGAUGUAAAAUAAUGGACACAGAGAAGUUACUGAUUCCUUUAGUGGCCACGUCUAAGCUGAUAGUUUGAAUAUACCACCAGAAAAUGAAUUUAACUAAUAAAGAGAAGGAUAUAUGACAAAUUCAGGUACAGGUUGGUCCUAAUAAAAUUAAAAGAACUAAAAUUUAUAGUUAUAAAAAGAUUAGCUCAUUACAUAAUAACAGCAAUAAAGGAUGAUGAUGUAAAUGAUUGACUCUUCACCAAAUAAAAAGCAGACAAAUAUAUAAAAUUAAUAUGAAAAUGAAAAUAAUCAACCAAAUAUAAAUAAAUUAACUAAGUAUAAAGAUUAACAGUUUGAUUAAAAUAUUAAUAAUUAGCUUGUAGAGUAAAAAAAUUAGAUUGGCUAGAGUUCUAAAAAUCAUUACAUUAAUGGGUAGAGAAUAUAAUCCAAUGGCAAAGAUCUUUAAAAUUAACAUUCUAGGUCAUAAAUAAACAAUAACUAAGCAGCAAAUAAAGGAUAUAAAGUAAAUACUGAAGAUGAUUUUAUCAAUCCAUAAAAUGGCGAAGAAAGUGAUAAUUAUAUCAAUUAUGGAGAUGUUUCUAGCGGUUUGCAACAAAACCCAUCACUAACAAGCUUUUAAUCUUCAAAUAACAUUGCUUCUGAAAAAUCUUUUCCUAACACACCAGAUCGCUUUUAAAUAAAAUUAUCAUAAUCUGCUUCUAAUAAUAUUUCUGGCAGCUAUUUCAUGUAUCCCGAAUCAAAAGUUUAAGAACAGCUCAAGUAAACUUUUUAACCUCCUAGCAGCCUUGUAGAUAAGAAGGAUAUAGCAGAUUGGUAUCAUAUAAAAGGUUUCGAAGCUCGUAAGAAAGAUCAGCUCGAGCUUGCAAUCGAAUUAUAUACUAUAUCCUUGCAAUUCUAUCCAAACCACUUCAAAGCUAUUUUUAAUAGAGGUUUCGCCCUUGAUAAAUUGAAAUAAUACGAUUUAGCAAUUAAAGACUAUACUAAAGCACUUGAAAUAGAAAAUGGAAAUUGUUAUGCUUAUUAUAAUAGAGGAAUUACAUAUGACAGAAAAGGAUAAUAUGACUAAGCAAUAAAAGACUUUACAUCUGCUAUAGCAUUAAACCCUAAAAAAGCAGAUUUUUACCAUAACAGAGGAUUUGCAUGGAAAAAAAAGGGUUGCUAUAAUGAAGCAAUUUAGGAUUUUACAUUUUGUAUAGAAUUUGAACCUAACCACUUUAAAUCUUUUUAUAAUAGAGGUUCUUGCUUUGAAAAAAUAUAAGAUUUGGAAUAAGCUGAAAAAGAUUUUCUUAAAGCACUAUCUUUGUAACCUAAAAACGUGAGCUGUCUUAAUCACCUUGGUUCCUUGUAUGAAAAAUGCGGUAAACUUGAUGAAGCCUUAAGCUAUUAUAAUCAAUCUAUUGAGUUUGAUCCUAAAUAAGCAACUUCUUACAAUGGAAGAGGGCUUGUACAUGACAAGCUUGGUGAUUACGAAAAAGCUAUGCAAGAUUUUACUCAAGCUAUUCAAUUGGAACCAACUAAUCCCAUAUAUAUCCAUAACAGGGGAUGCUGUUUGAGAAGUGUUGAUAAGCUAGUCGAAUCUAUUAAAGAUUUUGAGCAAGCACUUAAAUUAGAUCCUACAAAUCCAAUAAUUUUAUCUAAUCUUGGAUUAGUAUACCGUAAGAUGGAGAGAUACGACGAAGCCAUUUUUUGUUAUAACAAAGAGUUGGAAUUCGGAGGAAUAAACAUAAGAACGUUAAAUAAUAGAGGAUAUUCUUUUGCAAAAUUAGGUAGAUAUAAAGAAGCCAUCAAUGAUUAUAAUUAAGUUUUGUAGGUUUAAGGCAGCAACUAACAUGCUCUUCAUAAUAGGGGUAUUUGUUAUGAGAGAUUAGGAUAGUUUUAAAAUGCUAUAAAUGAUUUUUCUGCUGUAAUCAAAUCUAAUCCUUCCAAUGCAAAUGCAUACUUUAACAGAGGAUGUUGUUAUGAUAACCUAGGUAAAAUGGAAUUGGCAAUAUAAGACUACUCUAAAGCUUUAGAAAUCGACACCAAAUAAAACAUCCCUAAUAAUAAUGGAGGAAAUAAAAAUCUGAAUACCUAAGAUGAGGUGAAUGAUCAAAUAUAAGACCUUACAUUUUAUGAUAAUCACAAUAAUUAUUUUGAAGAAAAUAAAACUCUUCAGCACAAUAACAUGAAUAUAAAUAAUUACUCCUUUCAAUAAAAUAAUAGUUAAGUUGGGGUGGAUAAUAAUCAAAUUAAAAUGGAUAAUCACUAAAAUAUAGCUUAAAGAAAUAACUAAGCAAUUAAAAAAGAUGAAUUGCUAACUAAAACCAAAUAAUAAACCACAAAUUAUCAACAAUAAUAAACAACACAGAUUUAAAAAAUUUAACAAAAUAAGCAAGUUAAUUAAGAAAACCUAAUUUAAGCCAAACCCAGAAUUUCAGCAUAAGGAAUCUAAACUCAUUAAUGA